UUGUAAACCACAAGUACCUCGCGCAUUUUGCCUAUGUGAUUUGGCGCUAAUCCGAGAGAGAAAGGAAAGUUACUGCAAAUUUAGAAGGAUUCAUCUUAGGGGAACCAUACACAAUGACAUAUCAGAGCCAAGGAUUGACUUGAGGUGGACGCAAUGGACUGAGGAUUUCUUACAAACAAUAACAAUGCUGCAGUUCGGAACAAAAGAACAAAUGGAAACUCUUGCUUUGUGUGUUCUUUUCCAAAGCGUUUGCUCGCAGUCGUUUGCAGGAAAUGUUUCUAAGGCAUAUGUAAGAUAAUACAAAGGAUCCAUCUACCACCAUGGUGAAGGAAGGGGAGCUGGCAAACUUGUCAGACUCUACGUAUGUAAAAUGGCUUCUUGAUGCCAUUCACAAAGUGAAACAACAGAAACAACGUCCAAAUAUCGAACGAAUAUGUAAUGCGGUGAGACAGAAUCGCAAGGUUAGUCGUGAAAUGAUAGAGGAACAGUUGGAGCAGGCAGUGAAAGAUGGAACAGUGCUCAAGGUGUACAACAAGGGAUUGUGCUCUUACAAAGACCCGAGUUGUGUGUCCCAGUUAAAAUCUAGAAUUGUUAAGGUCACAAGAAAGACAGAUCUGACAAAGUUGAUAUCAAAGACCAUCAAAGAACUGGGAGAAAUAGGAGGGUCAACUCUGCGCAGUGUUGAGAAAUAUAUCUUGAAAAGCUGCAGUCUUGAUAUAGAGGAUGAGGUGGACUUGAUGCAGCAAUUACGCCUGUCUUUGAAAAAAGGUAUUAGUGCUGGUCGCUUUGUGAAGGGCAGACACAUCAAAAUUAACUAUGUCAACAGCAGUGUUGAAUCGGACUCUUUUGGGAGCACAAGUAGUAGUGCGAGUAAUAAUAGUGCAUUAAUGGGACACUACGAUACAGACAUGUCAUUUGGACAAGAUGUCUCGUUUACAUAUGAACGGAAUAAGAAACGGGCACCUGCUAUACCAUUGUGUAGCUUCUGUUGUGGUACAAAAGAAAAGAACAGGGAUGGUGUUCCUGAGGAGCUUAUUUCCUGUGCUGAUUGUGGGAACAGUGGUCAUCCAUCAUGCUUGAAGUUUUCUGUAGAUCUGACUGCACACGUGAAGACAUUACGGUGGCAGUGCAUCGACUGUAAAACAUGCUCAUUUUGUGGCAGAUCGGGCAAGGAGGAUAACAUGUUGUUUUGUGAUGCAUGUGAUAGAGGUUUUCACAUGGAGUGCUGUGAUCCACCAUUGUCCAAGGCACCUAAAGGUUUUUGGAAUUGCAAUAUUUGUGAUCCACUGCGAGGCAGUAAAAAGCGAAAGUAUAUGGAUAUGUCGUCAAUGAUGAGGACAAAAUUUGUGAAAGGAGCCAGUGGUUCGGAGGACAGAGUACGUGUUAAGACUGGUGCAAAAUCUACACCAAGGAAACCAAGCUCUGUGCCACCAAGUAUGACAUCAACACCUCAAAGAGGUAGACCGAAGACUCCAAAGACAAAAACUCCUGUAAACAGCACAAAUGGUGACAGAAGUAAAGGGGAAGGACACUGCCACCCUACUAAAUCUCCACCUGGUAAAGUACUGAGUGUUGCACAAAAUGGGGAGCAGAGUUCAUCGUCUGAGAGCGAUUCAGAGAGUGAGGAGGACUCAAGCUCUUCAGAUAAUUGUAUCACCAUGAACAAACCUAAAGGCCUUAUAGAUGGCCUCUCGCGCUUCUUCACACCCUCAAAUAAGCGGAAAUCACGUGUAUCUCUGAGUGCACUUGAGGCAAAUGGUGAAAGUGGAACAAAACCACACGGCAAAUCUAAAAUUUCUCAGAAUCACAGCAAAUCGCAGCAAGCUGCAAACAAACUUAUCCGCAAGUCCAAAAUUUUACAGGCUAACAAGGUGAGGAGACGGAAGUUAGGCGGGCCUCCUGGCAGUGGACAGUUAAAAAGCCUGUUUGAUGGGUUGUCACACCUUUUCACUGCCCCUGGUGAAACCCGUAAGAGAACUGUUCCUAUGUAUUCACAGCCACGACGCAUGCGCAAAAUCAAAAUUGACCCUCCACCUCUCAGUCCAUCUUCUCACACAGAUCUUAGUCCUGUUUUUACCAGCACCCCGUGGAAGGACACAGGGUUGGCAGCAGAAACUGGUGCUCAGGAUAGUCGAACUCCUCGCCCUGUUGGAAGGGGGAGGGGAAAGGCAGUGGUUAACAGGAAAGUUUUGUCCACCCCCGGAAUGACGCCAAUGAAAAAAGGACGAGGGGGCUCCGCCGCUGCAGCUACACCACCAGCCAAAUCUGUAGGCCGAGGUAGAGGCCGGGGACGACCUCGGGGGUCUACCAAUGAGAAGACUGUUGGCGGUCCCCGAGGUGUGACAGACAGUGAUGUGGAGAUGUUCAAACAGGCUCAGGAGAAGGCUCAGCAGGUUUUGAGUCAGGCUUCCAAUAGCACAGAACAGCAGGCCGAAGGUUCACAAGGGAGGUAUCCACCUGCAAUAGAAUUUGGAAAGUAUGAGAUACAGACGUGGUACUCUUCUCCAUACCCACAGGAAUAUGCUAGAUUACCAAAGCUGUAUAUAUGUGAAUUUUGUCUCAAGUACAUGAAAAGUCGCAGUAUUCUAUCACGCCAUUAUGAAAAAUGUAAGCUGCGUCACCCACCAGCUAAUGAGAUCUACAGAAAGGGAGAGUUGUCAGUGUUUGAAGUGGAUGGCAAUGUCAGUAAAAUCUACUGCCAAAACCUCUGUCUGCUAGCCAAGCUUUUCCUGGACCACAAAACUCUAUAUUAUGAUGUAGAACCAUUCCUGUUUUAUGUGCUCACCAGUAAUGACCAAUAUGGCUGUCAUCUCAUUGGCUAUUUCUCUAAGGAGAAACAUUGCCAACAAAAGUACAAUGUGUCUUGUAUUAUGAGUAUGCCUCAGUUCCAAAGGAAAGGCUAUGGAAGAUUCCUUAUCGAAUUCAGCUAUUUGCUGUCUCGGAUAGAAGGUCAGCCAGGUUCCCCAGAGAAACCCCUGUCUGAUCUUGGUAGGGUUACAUACCAGGCCUACUGGAAAAGUGUCAUAGUGGAAUAUCUUUACACUCAAAUGGAUGGCAAAAUCACAAUAAAAGGCAUUAGCAGAGCGACUGGGAUGUGUCCUCAUGACAUCGCCCAUGCAUUACAAGCAUUAAAUCUGGUUACAAGGAAAGAUGGCAAAAUUGUGCUGCAUUUGAACAAGAAACUUAUUAAUGAACACAUGCAGCGUAUGAAGGCUAAACUCCAGCGCAAGUUAGAGUUAGAUCCUGAUGCUCUGAGGUGGACGCCCCUUAUUUCAAACCUCACCCUCAUAGAGGAGGAAAAGCGAGUUGAAAAGGAGCUGAAGGGGAUGAAAGAUGUUGUAAAUAGAAUAGCUGAAGAUAGAAAACAAUUAGCUGCUGAACUGUCUCCUUCAAAGGCAGAAGAGACGAAAACCCCAAGACGCAAGCCGGGAAGAAAGAGGGGGCCCAAGAAACGCAAACAUAAUAGUGCUAACCAAGAACCCAAAGCUAAGAAGUCCAGACAGACUGAAGCUGAAGAGGAGAAUGCUACUGAAGAAUCGACAGAGACAACUUCUGCUGCUAACAACACGACAAUGAAUGGGACAGUGGAAGAAUAUGUAGAGACAACUGCUGUGAACAAUUCCCAUGAAGUGGCAGUGGUGGAAGAUACACCAAACAAGUCGUCAAAGAUUUCUCCAUCCAAGAAAAACUGUGCUGUGAAACCCAAGGGAAAGGCUGGGUGGCCCAAGGGAGUUAAGCGAGGUUCACCUCGCCCAAGGUUGGAGAAGAGAAACAGUAGAGGCAGGCCUGCAAAGACCCACCAUCGUAGCUUGGCAGAGUCCAAACAGAACACUUCACAGAAUGCUGGUCAUCUUGCUGAUGAUGAGGAUGAUGAAGAGGACGAGCAGCGAAGUGAGGUGAAUGGAACUGCUGAGCCUGAAGAUGGGGAGGAGGAGAAGACAGAGAACAAAGAGAAGGAGGAGAAAUCUGGGGAGGCUCAAGAGGAGGAAGAGGAGGAUAAGGCCUUGACCAAUGGAGAUGCGCACGAGUCAGACGCGCAGGAGGAACAAGAUGAGAAGGCUGAGGAUGUAGGGGAGACUGCUGGCAGUAUCAACCAAGAAGACUCUGUGAAGGACGAAUGUGCCUCAUCAGAUAUUGAACAGGAACGGGUGUGUCUGGAAGACUCUACUCUAAAGAGCAACCAACCGUCCCCCAUCUCUGAGGGUCCUCCGGAUCUCACCAACGACUCAGAUAACAUGAGAACAUUGCCUAGCCCAGAUGUGUCUAGCCCUGCACCAGAACCAGCCCCGCUGUCCCCACAGUGUGAGCCCACAGAGGAAAAGGUGCCUGACUCAGUCCCAUCACGACAGGUCACAGUAGACAAAGAGGACUCAGAGGAGAAAGCAGAACAGGAGAAUUCCAGCAGUGAUGAUGACGAUGAUGAUGAUGGUGAUAAUGAUAAUAAGGAAGAGGAAACCAGAGAGGAGACUAAGGAGAUAUCCAUUCAGCCUACCUCUCCGGAAAAACCCAAAUUACCACCUAUUGUUCCCCCGACCCAUCAGCCUGAGAUGGCUGGAGCACCUGAUAAAGCCUUGGAAAAGCCAAUAGUAGUAGAAGAGCCAAGUAGUCCAAGCUCUGAGAGUGAGGAGGAGGAAGGGGAAGGGGAGGAGUCCGAAGCUGCUGAUGGUGACCUUCCUAGUGAGGAAAACUACAAUGACUUCAGCAAUGAUUCUACUGUGGAAGAAACACUGGGUAAUUCACAAAACAUUGAGGAUGCUCUAGCCAAAGAGCUGCAGAACAACUUUGAGCAAAUGGACAACAGCACUACGGGUGAGAUGGCUAGUGAGCAGUUAGCUCACCGUGACAGUCUAGCUAUGAAUAGUGUGGACACACCCACAUCUACACCUAACCAUCCCAGCCCUAGCUGUAAUAGUGUGACAGGGGUAUACCCUACCCAGCCAAACUCCAUAAACAAUAUGCAGAACACUAAUCUGAAUAACAAUGGGUUUGGUGCUGUAGAGAUUGAUGUCACCCAGCUUGGGCUGGAGUCACCCACAUCUAUUAGCAGUAAUGAGAUGCCCAACACUUCAGUGGAGUCAGCAACAACUCCAUGCACUCCAAAUUUCUCAGACUGUGCUCAGAUACAAAACUACAUUGGCAAUUCCAGUGGCAGCUUCAUGGAUACUGUGGGUGUUCCCAGCAUGCCAUUACCAGCGAAUAGCGCCGGACCUAUCCCCAACAACUACAACAUGCCUCCUACUGCACCCACCCCUAACAACUACUGCUCCCCUGUAACUACGUACGCACCUGUCCUUCUGCAGCAGAACACUCAUAGACUAACUCAUAACAACACACCAUGUAAUUUACCUCGCCAGCCUCUUCCUUACCAGACCAAUGCCAGCAGCUGCAGUCUGGCAAAACUACAACAACUCACCAAUGGUAUUAAUAUCAUGGAAAUUCUGCCAGAGAACACCAUGACCCCUCCCCCAAAUCUUACUCCCCCACCCAAUGUGACUCCUCCACCAGCAGUAUUGAGGAAUAUCGCCACCCCACCCAUCCCUAACCUACAGCCCCAGAUCUCCCACUCCCACUCCCCAGCUCUGCUGGCUCAGCAGUAUAAAUCCUACCAGAGAAGACAGAAUGCUGCCAUGAGGAAGAGCCCCAGUGUCAAUGCAGGCAUGACCUUUACCCCCAAUGUGACAAUUCAACCUGGUUCCAAUGUUAUCACACGGUGCAAUGUGCUUAAUGGAUACCGAAUGCAGCAGCCCAUGUUAAACCAUGGCUACAUCCCUAAUGCUGGCUUCAUGAACCAGCAGCAAUUUUCUCCCAUGCAAAUGAGUGUGGUUCAUCAAGCUAACUUUCAGCAGCAGAUGCAGCCUGCUCAACCCAACAAUGCUGUCUACACAUAUGGCUACAUAAACAGUGGCCUAUCUACGCACACACUGAACAUGAACAACAUGAUGAGACGGUAGCACACAUCUGCUUGGGACAUUGUACAUAUCUCUACAUAACUCUCAUCAUCUAGAAUGUCACCGGACUUGUCCUGGACCAAUCAUCCGGGUGAUCACUUCUUACAGGCAGUUCUAGUGUAUCAGAGGUUACUAUGUGUAUAUCAGGACUUUGUUUUUAAACUGACUGAUUAGUUGUCACAUUUCAAGGCUUGUUAUAGGGAAUAACUGUACUGUUUGUUUUAACCUUCUUGACUGGAUUAAGUUCAGUUGUAAGUUGAAAAUUUGAAGCUGUAGAAGUGUACAGUCUUUCAGCUGAUUCAGAAGGUUGUUUUUAUGCCUAGUUAUGAUUGUGGAUACUGGUAAUGUUACAUGGAUAAGUUAAAAUAUUGUUUCAAGAAGGAAACAUUGGAAACACCUUUUUGAGGGGAAAGCCUAGCUUCACACACUCUGUGAUUAGAAAUGAUUGUAUUAUAUGGACUGGUAAUUUAUGAACAAAUUCAGGAGUUCGGUUGACACAACCUAUACAUUUCCCUAGAAAUAAAUACCUUUGUAUUUUAGUCUUACACUUCGUCUACCAUUUUGUGUUUUUUGUAUGUAGAAUUGAACAUCCAUGUACAGUUUUUAUUUCACUCUUUAAAAGAUACAUUUAAGAUUUGGACGUCUUGUUUGGUAUAUUUUUGUCUAGAUUGUAAAGUAACUGCUAUAAGGACGUACAUGUGCAUUUAUUACAAAAUAAAUUAUGAGACUUUCU